AUGCUACUGGCGACAAAGCUGAUCUCUGGCUUCUGCUCUGUUGACAAGGAGUACGCAAAAGAAGAGUGGAAAGUGUUCAAGCUUACUCACGGAAAAUACUAUCAUUCGAAACUGGAGGAAGAGAACAGGUUUGCCAUUUUCGUAAGAAACCUUGAGCUCAUCAUGGAGCACAACAAAAAAUACAAGGAAGGGAAUGUCAGCUUCAAACUGGCUAUGAACCGCUUCGGAGACGUGCUACAGUCUGAACUACGCCAAGCACCAGCAGUAAAACCAAGAAGAAGGUUCACCUUGAAACUCCCAUGCAGAGAUACACCGGAUGGACUCAAUAUCAGUGACCUGCCUGCCGAAGUGGACUGGAGGAAAGAAGGCGCCGUGACCCCUGUGCCUGAUCAAGGGUCGUGUUUGUCGUCGUACGCGUUCAGUGCCACUGGAGCUCUCGAAAGCCAGUGGUUCCGCAAAACUGGAAAGCUUGUCUCACUCAGUGCUCAAAAUAUUGUGGACUGUGGGGCCAUGUUUCACAACAGGAACUGUGAUGGUGGUUUUAUGGAUUCCACAUAUGGUUACAUCAAAGUCAACGGUGGUAUUGACAGUGAAGAAAGCUACCCAUACGUGGGAACAAAUUCCGACUGUGCAUUUGACCCAAGUGGGGUAGCUGCCACAGUGUCCAGCUUCGUGAACAUCAAUUCCGCAUCAGAGUCAACGCUAAUGACCAAAGUGGCUCUCGUGGGUCCGGUGUGUGCUUUUGUCGACAACAGCCAGUCUACGUUCACCUUCUACUCCGAAGGAGUGUAUCACGAUUUUGGAUGUCUCAAAGACAGUAUGCGCCAAGCUGUGCUGAUUGUUGGUUACGGAGCCACUAAAGAUGGCCAGAAAUACUGGAUUGUGCGGAAUUCAUGGGGCACCAAUUGGGGCCAAGAUGGCUACAUCCUCAUCAGAAGAGAUUCACACAAUGAAUGCGGAAUCGCCAGCUUCAUUACGUAUCCCGUCAUUUAACGCAUCAUAACUUGCUAUACAGAAUUUAAAGUGAAUGGCAAAUUUUGGCAACAUAUCUUGAAAUUUACAUUACAGAAAAUGCAAAAUAAAUCUCUGUGUGCCGUUUACACUUUUCACCGCACC